ACUGGUGGUGGGUAUGAAAUUGGUGCAGACCGUAGAGAAGAGGAGACAACUCAGACAAGGCGAGAAUGAUGGAGUUACAGUGCCAUCUGAAUCUGAUGAUUCCAGUCGAACGUACAAGUUCACCCAUUUGGGAUUUUACGCCAAAACUUAAACCUCCAUCUUCAUCUCCUACUCCUAGUGCUUUUCUCCUUUGUACGAAUUUCAAAUCCAGCUUAAUCUUUAAACGAGGUUCUUUUAAGUGCUCUUGUAGCAAGAUUGAAAACACCCAACAAGUCUCUUCCCCUCCUCAGGGGUUUUCAGCACUGGGAGCAGAUAGUCCAUGGGACAAUGCAACUGCAUGGAGCACUCUGGCUUUAUACAUCUUCAGUUUGCACAUUCCUCUUAGUUUUGGAGGUUUGUCUGUGGUUGCUCAUCUACUGCAUCAGCCUACUCUUGAUCCUCAGACUGAGGCACUAUCAUUGCUUGGAGCUCAGUUUGUAGAGCUCAUUGCAGCAAUGCUUCUACUGCAAAUCACUGCUAAGCCCCAUUACAAGUUUGCAAAUUCCUUCAAGGCUGACAAAUUGUCAAAUCAGAGGAACUGGCUGUUGGCAUCAGCUGUAGGAUUUGGGUCUCUCUUUGUGCUGGUUUUCCUUACUUCUUUCCUCGCUGAUAUUUUCAUUGGUCCCAAGGAUAUAAACAACCCCGUACUAAAGGAGAUCCUGGUAAGAAGCAACAUUUCCAAAGCUGCAUGUGUCUUUGUAUACUGCGUUACCACUCCCUUGCUGGAAGAGACUGUUUACCGGGGUUUUUUAUUGGGAUCAAUUUCAUCCACUAUGAAAUGGCAGUCAGCUGUUUUUAUAAGCUCAAUUAUAUUUAGUGCAGCUCACUUCUCUGGUGAGAAUUUCUUACAAUUGUUUAUUGUUGGAUGUGUCCUUGGAAGCUCUUAUUGUUGGACUGGAAACUUGAGAUCCUCCAUCUUAAUACAUUCCCUGUACAAUGCCAUGACCCUAAUGAUUACAUUCUUGUCCUAAGCUCACAUCUAAGCCUUUUUGGCAGAUUUGUUAGGUUUCUUGAAUGUGAACCUUCUUUUGUCUCAGGUAAUUGACAUACUAGGCCUCACAGGAGAAUUUAAUCACUGAAAUUAUUGCACAGAAUAACUUCAAAAUGACGAUAUUACCGAAAUAUCAGUAUAUAUGUUUUAAGCGACAUAACAGGCCAUUAACAAAAAAGCUUAAACUCUAGUUUUGUAUUUCUGAUCAGUUAAAGACAAGACCUUGUGCAUUCGCCAAAAAGAUGAACAGAUUUUGUAUAUCCCUUGAAGCAGAUUUUGCCUUAUUUGGUUAUCA